GCAAAAGCCGGGCUUCGGAGCGUGAGUCCAUUUCGGUGCUCUUUACUAAGGUCGGCAGCGCGGGGGGCUGCUGUCAGUGCCUUGGGCAUUCAAUAAAUAAUUGUGGGACCAAAUGUGGAGCAAAUCAAAUUUAUUAUUAUUAACAUCAAAUGUGAAGAAUGAUCAUGAAAAAAGAUUAUGUUCAGCACAAGUUUAUGAGAUGGGUGAUUCUGAUGAUGAUGACAUCCCUCAGCUUUCUUCCCAUACCCUAGCAGCUCUGCAGGAAUUUUAUGAUGAACAGCAGCAGCGAAAGACUGACCCCGGUGAAGGUAAUAAAUAUAACAUCGGGGUAAUAGAAGAAAAUUGGCAAUUGAGUCAGUUUUGGUACAGUGAAGAAACAGCAUUACGAUUAGCUACUGACGCUAUUAUGGCUGCCGGUAAAGGUGGAAGGAUAGCAUGCGUCAGUGCCCCGAGUGUUUACCAGAAAUUGAGAGAGUUGAAUGGGGAAGACUUUUCUGUGUGUAUCUUGGAAUACGACAAAAGAUUUGCAGUCUAUGGAGAGGAGUUUAUCUACUAUGACUACAACAAUCCUUUAAAUUUACCCCAAAAGCUUAUUCCCCAUAGUUUUGACAUUGUUAUUGCUGAUCCACCUUACCUUUCUGAAGAAUGUCUCAGGAAAACAGCAGAAACGAUCAAGUACCUAACACAGCGAAAGAUUUUGCUUUGCACAGGUGCUAUCAUGGAGAAGGAGGCAGCAGAACUUCUUGGGGUGAAGAUGUGCAGAUUUAUUCCAAAACACACUCGAAAUUUGGCAAAUGAAUUUCGAUGUUAUGUCAAUUAUGAUUCUGGACUGAAUUCUGAAGUCAGUUGUUCAUAGCACUGUAAUACAAGAGAAGUCCUAAAUAAAAUGCUCUAUUUCCUUAA